AUGGCUAGUCCAUUUCAUCGCCGUCCAAUUCCUGACUACUUCAUUGCUUCUCCCCUGGUAGCUCUUCUUUACCCGGUUCACCAAAUACUUCUCCGUUUGCGUGGACCUCCCCGACUCCCUCCGCCAGAUGUCCAACCAAUCCGGGUAGUCUGCAUAUCCGACACCCACACCCUCGAAUGGCCAGAAGUGCCAGAUGGAGACCUCCUCAUCCACGCUGGUGACCUAUGCAAUGAUGGCUCUGUCCGCGAGAUCCAAGCUACAGUCGAUUGGCUCCGAAGUCUCCCCCAUCCUCACAAGAUAGCCAUCGGCGGAAAUCACGAUAGCUACUUCGACCUGCGAUCACGUCUAGACGAAGACCGCGAUGACCCAUCCUCUUCCCCCUCGUUCGCCGCAGUCUCCUCAACAGCCUCAAUCCACUCCCUCGAUCUCUCCUCCCGUAUCGACUGGGGUGAUAUCCACUACCUCCAACACUCGGCAAUCACCCUCUCCUUCAAAAAUACCUCGGUCCCGUCCCAAACAACACCCCUCACAAGUUCCCACUCCAGAGCUCUCACCAUCUACGGUGCCCCCCAAAUUCCAGCCAUCGUCCCCUUCGGCCCAGAACACGCCUUCACCUACCCGCCUCACCACGAUGCUUGGUCUGGCACCAUCCCCCAAGAAACAGACAUCCUAGUCACCCACACCCCACCCCAAUCCCACCUCGACCUCUCCCCCAUCUUCUCAAUCGGCUGUCCAAAUCUUCUCGCCGAGUCAUGGCGCGUCCGUCCAGCCCUCCACGUCUUCGGCCACGUCCACGAAUCCGCAGGCCAAGAACCUGUUUUCUGGGACGAGGCCCAGCGCGCCUGGGAGAGGCUGUGUGCUUCGCGUCGGUGUCGUGCGCGAUUGACCCGUCUUGCGUCGUUGGCGGGCUUCCUCCGUGAUCUGUUUGAUCUGACCGCGUGGGUGGAUGCCGCGCGGGUUAUUGGAUACGGUAUCCUAGGGGUGAUCUGGGCGCAUGUUUGGGGCGGUGAGAAUCGUGGCGGUGGGUGGAUGGUUAAUGCUGCUUGUAUGUAUCGUGACAGUGGGCGUUUGGGGAACCCGCCUAGGGUUUUUAAUCUGUAA